AAUACCUAAUAGAUCUUAAAGCAAUGCGGCAUAAAUCACCCAAAUCUAAAAUACCAGCUCAAAAAAUCUAUUCUUGAAGUAAAAUGGGUUUCUGGAUUCUGACUUUUCCAACGAUUUAUAUUUAUAAAUAGAUCUCUAAAUUGCUCUCCACACGUCUCUCUCCUUUCCGCGUUAUCCCUCCCGUAGAAAAUAGGUAAAAAGCCUUGAAUUUUUUAAUGAACAAAAAGAGCACACAAACCCAAGAAAACCCAGAGGUAAAAACCAGAGAAAAGUCUUUCUUCUUCCUCGGCGGCUUCCAUACGGCUGCAAAAUUCUCAGAUUUCAGACAAUUUACUGGUCAACACGCUUAAGACGCGUAGAUUUAAUGUGGGCUUGGUUGAUCUGUUAAGGUUAAGGGUUGUUUUCAGGCGGAAACGGUGAUCUGGGUAGUUAUUUUGAGCUAGUCGUCUUGGUUUUCAAGGGAAAGAAGAAUUCUUGAUUCUGCGGAUCUGGUUUCAGCUGGUUUGAACUGGGUUUCAUUGGGGUUUUUCCUUUUAUCUUUUCAAGGGUCCAAAAACUUGGCGAUUUUGGUUUGUUAAAGCACCCAUCUUUGGAUCUCUCUAGUUAGUUUUCAUCUGCAAAUAGCGAAGGAACGACAGAAGAGUUUGAGAAGAUAAACAUAUUGAAAAUUCAGGGUUUGCUUUGGUGUGGUGAAAGGGAAAUUUCUGUUUGAAUUGGUGGUCCAUGAUCAUUUAUUGAUUGCUUUCCGAGUCCCGCCAUUUGGGACUUCUUUCGAACAUUUUUAUUUAUUUCACUUUGUUGUUGGACAUUGAGAGACGUAUACAACAAGUUCAGUUUUUUGCUCGUCAAUUUAUUUAUCGAUGAGAUGAAAAGAAAAAUAUGCGUCUGGGGCACCGAUUUGGGAACAGAUGGGUGUGGCACGAGUCGGUUUUGUUAUGAUACAUGUAAUCCUUCUCUUCACUUUGGCGCCGGGGAGUUCGGAAGAGAACAAGAUAACAAGGAAAUUCUUUUUUGGCAAUGGGGUUGGUCCAGCUUCUCCAGGGAGAGACGAAAAAGUGGCAGAGCAGUUAUGGAUCAAAUGCAGCUCAGAUUUGAUGCACUGGAAAGAAGCUGAUGAAAUUUUCAGCUUACUUCGCCUAGAGCAAAAGUCCAGAGGCUCCUCUGAGGUCAAUUCAGAAGCAUGGUCAGCAGCAAAAGGAAGACUACAGAAAGCAAUUAAUGCGCUGUCUCCCCAAAUAAAGCAAACUCUUUUGGGUUGUUUAAGAACUAAAAAUCAUCUUUUUCGCAUUUCUGGAGAUGCAAGGGGCUCUAGGCAUUGGUACAACAAACAUUUUGAGUCUCUUUUUGGUUGGCCUAAACCUUCUAGACACCAUAGGGGUAACGGGGAAUCUCUUAGUAGGGGUAAUGGGUUACUUCAACACAUAGCAGUAACACCUGCUGCUGCCCCAGGCCCUGCAGUUGAAUCACCUGCCUACAGUCCAGCACCAUCUUCUGGUCCAGCCCCUGCCAGCUAUCAGGCUCCUGAUCCCCAGCCCCCAGUCAAACAUCCAACAGAGUCAUUUUUUCCACCAAGUUCAGUAGAUUCUAGUUCUUCUGCGAGUCCAGUUUUGGCACCACAACCACCGUCACAAAAGCAAAGUAGCAGCCAGGCUGUUGUUAUUGCUGUUUCUGUAACCGCUGUGGGGACGUUGGCUUUUGCUGCGAUGCUCUUUCUUUGCUAUCGUAAAUUUCAUAGAAAUAAUGGUGCCCCUGGAGAUGGACAAAAGGAUGACAGGCCCCUGCUUUCCUCCUUAAGUUUAUGUGAUUUAUCUGCUGGUUCUUCACAGAAGUCCGCUUCAGGAAAUUCAAUGAAUAAAGGGAAGAUUGGAAAUCAGUCUUUUAGUACGAAUACCCACAAUGGAAAGGUUUCAUCUUUGCACAGCAAUUUAUCCAAUGAGGCUGAUAUUCAUAAUUCCUCAGUAGCAGAAGUUCCUUCAUCAGGAACUGUUGCAAGUGUGUCCAAAUCUGGUCCUACGAGCAACAUUCAAGUGGCGGUUCAAUCUCCACCUUUGAAGCUUCCCCCUGGCAGGGCUGGUCCUCCCCCUCCUGCUCCACCCCCUCCUGCUCCACCACCUAUGCCACCUGCUGUGAAGCCUGGACCUCCCCCUCCACCCCCUCCAAAGGGUGUUUUCCCUCCACCCCGUCUACCACCACAAGCACCCAUUGGCCCCAAGUUGGCUAAACCUUUAGCCCCUAAACCAAAUCAUCCAGAAAAUACAGCUUCUGAUGGAGACGCCCCAAAAACCAAGCUAAAACCUUUCUUUUGGGAUAAGGUUCUUGCAAACCCUGAUCAUUCAAUGGUCUGGGAUCAGAUUAAAUCAGGGUCCUUCCAGUUUAAUGAAGAGAUGAUAGAAACUCUAUUUGGGUACAAUGCUGCUAAUGAUAAAAAGAAAGCAUCAUCAUCUGCUGAUCCUUCUCCCCAAUACAUUCAGAUUAUUGAUUCUAAGAAGGCACAAAAUUUGGCAAUUCUGCUGCGGGCAUUGAAUGUGACCACAGAAGAAGUCCGUGAUGCACUUCUGGAAGGAAAUGAGCUUCCAGCAGAGUUCCUCCAAACUUUAUUGAAGAUGGCACCAACAGUAGAUGAGGAACUGAAGCUUAGGCUAUUCAGUGGUGAUCUUUCCCAACUUGGGCCUGCAGAGCGGUUCCUAAAAAUGUUGAUUGAUAUCCCUUUUGCUUUUAAACGCAUGGAUGCUUUGCUUUUCAUGACUUCACUGCAAGAGGAAGUCUCCACUGUUAAAGAUUCUCUUGCAACUCUAGAGGUAGCCUGCAAGGAACUGAAAAGCAGUCGACUGUUCCUGAAACUCCUAGAAGCUGUUCUAAAAACUGGCAACCGGAUGAAUGAUGGUACCUUCCGUGGUGGUGCACAGGCAUUCAAGCUCGACACACUCUUGAAACUGUCUGAUGUUAAAGGAAUUGAUGGCAAGACCACGCUCUUGCACUUUGUUGUGCAGGAGAUAAUCCGUUCUGAAGGUGUACGGGCUGCCCAUGCGGCCAGAGAAAGCCAGAGCAUGUCCAGUGUGAAAUCAGAUGAACUUCUUGAGGAUUGUACCAGUGAAACAGAAGAAGUCUAUCGCAGCCUUGGUCUCCAGGCUGUUUCAGCUUUGGGCAGUGAGCUUCAAAAUGUCAGGAAGGCAGCAGGAUUGGAUGCUCAAGCCUUGGCAGGAACACUGGCCAAGCUUGGCCAGUCAUUGUUGAGGACGAAAAAUUUUCUGGGCAAUGAAAUGACGAGUGUAGCGGAGGACAAUGGGUUCCAUAGUACACUCAAGAGUUUUGUAGGACAUGCAGAAAUCGACAUCACAUUGCUGCUGGAGGAAGAGAAAAGGAACAUGGCUCUAGUAAAAAGCACAGCUGAUUACUUUCAUGGGAAUGCGGGGCGGGACGAGGGCUUGCGUUUGUUUGUGAUUGUUCGGGAUUUCUUGAUAAUUUUGGAAAAAGUAUGCAGAGAGGAGGGAGAAGCACAAAAGAAGCGUGCAAAAAUACCAAGAAACAAGGAAACCCUGUCUGUCCAAUCUUCUCCAGAUUCCCGACAGCCAUCAUCUCCAGACAUACGUCAGAGGCUUUUUCCGGCAAUCAAGGACCUACGGGUGGAUGAUCUUAGUUCAGACGAUGAGAGCUCAUCUCCUUAGCUUUCUUUGGUAGGAGGAGCGUCUGUAAACCCAGUGAAGGUUCUGUCAGAUCUUGCACAGACCAUGUGCCCAUUUCUAAGUUGUGGCUUACUGGAACUUGCGAAGCUCUGGGUUUCAUCCUUAGUUUCUUUUAUAGCUGAUGACAAUUAGCUCUUUCAAAGAUCUCAGUGUAAUUAGCAAUGGCAACUAUGAUCCACUCAAGACAAAAGGCCUUAGUUCUGUGUUUUGCUUAAUAUUGGCCUUUGUGGGGGGUUUCUGACUUGUCAAUUAAAAUUUGCAUUUUUCCUUUUACUGUUAAAAUUUUUAAAUUCUUAUUUGUUUGUAAAGGAGAAAAAUAAAGGUUAUAAACUGAGGGUUUUUUUUUGGUGAUAAUAUACUGAGGUUCUUUUGAAUUGA